AUGUGGCUGCUAUGGCCCACCAAGAAGUCUUCCAGCAACACUUUAACAUCCACCAGUUCAUCAGAGGCCGAUUUAGGUAGAGAAGAGGAGUCAGAGCACGUCUGGAGAAGACCACGGCUGCAUCCCGAGAGACGGCGCCAAUGUGGCAUCUAUGCUCAGCUCAUGGUUGAGCUCAGAAGAGAAGAUCCUAGAACUUUCAAGAAAUCCCUCUGCAUAUUCGAGAGUGUCCGUCAUCGCCUCUGGAAACAACACACCUGGUACAGGGAGCCUUGGAUCCAGGCCUCAAGAUAUGGUUCAAGUGGAGAUGCCAGGAUCUAUAAUGCCUCAGAAUUCCUGGAGAUGGUGCAGGAUGGUUUCAUUGGAUUGCCAGACCCACAGCCCUUUCCCAAUGACACCGUCGACGUGCCCUUUUUCUUGGUUGGGGAUGACGCCUUCAGCCUCAGUGAGCCCAUGCAGAAACCCUAUGGACAGAGAGCCCUGACCGGAGUGGAAAGAAUUCUGAACUACCGGUUAUUCAGAGCUUGGAAGCUAUCAGAAAACGCCUUUUGCAUUUUGGCCAACCGAUUCCAGGCACUGUACCUCGUGGUCAACAACUCCGCACCAACUCCAACAGGCACUGUACCUCAUUGUCAACAACACCGUACCAACACCAAAAGGCACUGUACCUCAUUGUCAACAACACCGCACCAACACCAACAGGCACUGUACCUGUCAACAACUCCGCACCAACACCAACAGGCACUGUACGUCGUAGUCAACAACACCGCACCAACACCAACAGGCACUAUACCUCUUGGUCAACUACUCCGCACCAACACCAACAGGCACUGUACAUCGUUGUCAACAAUAUCGCACCAACACAAACAAGCACUGUACAUCGUGGUCAACAACUCCGCACCAACACCAACGGGCACUGUACCUCAUUGUAAACAACACCGCACCAACACAAACAGGCACUGUACCUCGUGGUCAACAACUCCGCACCAACACAAACAGGCACUGUACGUCGUUGUCAACAAUACCGCACCAACACAAACAAGCACUGUACCUCGUGGUCAACAACUCCGCACCAACACAAACAAGCACUGUACGUCGUUGUCAACAAUACCACACCAACACCAACAGGCACUGUACCUCUUGGUCAACAACUCCGCACCAACACCAACCGGUACUGUACCUCUUGGUCAACAACUCCGCACCAACACCAACAGGAAAUGUAUGUCGUUGUCAACAACACCGUACCAACACCAACAGGCACUGUACUUCUUGUUCAACAACUCCGCACCAACAAAAACAAACACUGUACAACGUGGUCAACAACUCCGCACCAACACCAACAGGCACUGUACCUCGUUGUCAACAAUACCGCACCAACACAAACAAGCACUGUACAACAUUGUCAACAACUCCGCACCAACACCAACACCAACAGGCACUGUACCUCGUUGUCAACAAUACCGCACCAACACAAACAGGCACUGUACGUCGUUGUCAACAAUACAGCACCAACACAAACAAGCCCUGUACCUCUUGGUCAACAACUCCGCACCAACACCAACGGGCACUGUACCUCAUUGUAAACAACACCGCACAAACACAAACAGGCACUGUACCUCGUGGUCAACAAUACCGUACCAACACAAACAAGCACUGUACCUCGUGGGCAACAACUCCGCACCAACACCAACAGGCGCAGUACCUCGUUGUCAAAAAUACCGCACCAACACAAACAAGCACUGCACAACAUUGUCAACAACUCCGCACCAACACAAACAAGCACUGUACGACAUUGUCAACAACUCCGCACCAACGCCAACACCAACAGGCACUGUACCUCUUGGCCAACAACUCCGCACCAACAAAAACAAACACUGUCCAACGUGGUCAACAACUCCGCACCAACACCAACAGGCACAGUACCUCGUUGUCAAAAAUACCGCACCAACACAAACAAGCACUGUACGUCGUUGUCAACAAUACCACACCAACACCAACAGGCACUGUACCUCUUGGUCAACAACUCCGCACCAACACCAACAGGCACUGUACCUCGUUGUCAACAAUACCGCACCAACACCAACAGGCACUGUACCUCGUGGUCAACAACUCCGCACCAACACCAACAGGCACUGCACUGUACUGUACCUUAUUGUCAACAACACCGUACCAACACCAAAAGGAACUGUACCUCAUUGUCAACAAAACCGUCCCAACACCAAAAGGCGCUGUACCUCAUUGUCAACAACAUCGUCCCAACACCAAAAGGCACAGUACCUCAUUGUCAACAACACUGUCCCAACACCAAAAGGCACUGAACCUCAUUGUCAACAACACCGCACCAACACAAACCAACUGGCACUGUACCAAUACCGCACCAACACAAACGAGCACUGUACCUCGUUGUCAACAAUGCCGCACCAACACAAACAAGCUCUGUACUUCAUUGUCAACAAUACCGCACCAACACCAACAGGCACUGUACCUCAUUGUCAACAACAUCCGACCAACACCAACAGUCACUGUACCUCAUUGUCAACAACACCGUAUCAACACCAACAGAACAAUAACCUCAUUGUCAACAACACCGUACCAACGCACCAACACAAACAGGCACUGUACCUCGUGGUCAACAACACCGCACCAACACCAACAGGCACUGUACCUCGUUGUCAACAAUACCGCACCAACACCAACAGGCACUGUACCUCAUUGUCAACAACACCGUCCCAACACCAAAAGGCACUGUACCUCAUUGUCAACAACACCGUACCAACACAAACAGGCACUGUACCUCGUUGUCAACAACACCGCACCAACAUCAACAGGCACUGUACCUCAUUGUCAACAACACCGCACCACCACCAACAGGCACUGUACAACGUUGUCAACAACACCGUAACAACACCAACAGGCACUGUACCUCGUUGUCAACAACACCGCACCACCACCAACAGGCACUGUACCUCAUUGUCAACAACACCGUCCCAACACCAAAAGGCACUGUACCUCAUUGUCAACAACACCGUCCCAACACCAAAAGGCACUGUACCUCAUUGUCAAAAACACCGUACCAACACAAACAGGCACUGUACCUCGUGGUCAACAACACCGCACCAACCCCAACAGGCACUGUACCUCGUGGUCAACAACUCCGCAACAACACCAACUGGCACUGUACCUCUUGGUCAACAACUCCGCACCAACACCAACAGGCACUGCACUGUAUCUCUUGGUCAACAACUCCGCACCAACACCAACAGGCACUGUAGCUCUUGGUCAACAACUCCGCAUCAACACCAACAGGCACUGUACCUCUUGGUCAACAACUCCGCACCAACACCAACAGGCACUGUAGCUCUUUGUCAACAACUCCGCACCAACACCAACAGGCACUGUAGCUCUUUGUCAACAACUCCGCACCAACACCAACAGGCACUGUACCUCGUGGUCAACAACUCCGCACCAACACCAACUGCCACUGUACCUCUUGGUCAACAACUUCGCACCAACACCAACAGGCACUGUACCUCGUGGUCAACAACUCCGCACCAACACCAACAGGCACUGUACCUCGUUGUCAACAAUACUGCACCAACACAAACGAGCACUGGACCUCGUGGUCAACAACUCCGCACCAACACAAACAAGCACUGCACUGUACCUCGUGGUCAACAACCCCGCACCAACACCAACAGGCAAUAUAACUCUGGGUCAACAACUCCGCACCAACACCAACAGCCACUGUACGUCGUUGUCAACAACACCGCACCAACCCCAACAGGCACUGUACCUCGUGGCCAACAACUCCGCACCAACACCAACAGGCAUUGUACGUCGUUGUCAACAACUCCGCACCAACCCCAACAGGCACUGUACCUCUUGGUCAACAACUCCGCAUCAACACCAACAGGCACUGUACCUCUUGGUCAACAACCCCGCACCAACACCAACAGGAACUGUAUGUCGUUGUCAACAACACCGUACCAACACCAACAUGCACUGUACCUCAUUGUCAACAACACCGCACCAACAAAACAACAGGCACUGUACGUCGUUGUCAACAAUACCGCACCAAUACCAACGGGCACGGUAUCUCUUGGUCAACAACUCCGCACCAACACAAACAAGCACUGUACCUUGUGGUCAACAACUCCCCCCCAACACCAACAGGCACUGUACGUCGUUGUCAACAAUACCGCACCAACAAAAACAAGCACUGUACCUCAUUGUCAACAACACCACACCAACACAAACAAGCACUGUACUUCAUUGUCAACAAUACCGCACCAACAAAAACAAGCACUGUACCUCAUUGUCAACAACACCGCACCAACAAAACAACAGGCACCGGGCACUGUACCUCGUUGUCAACAAUACCACACCAACAUAAACAAGCACUGUACCUUGUGGUCAACAACUCCCCCCCAACACCAACAGGCACUGUACGUCGUUGUCAACAAUACCGCACCAACACAAACAAGCACUGUACAACAUUGUCAACAACACCGUACCAACACAAACAUGCACUGUACCUCAUUGUCAACAACACCGUACCAACACCAACAGGCACUAUACCACGUUGUCAACAAUACCGUGCCAACACCAACAGGCACUGUACCUCAUUGUCAACAACACCGUACCAACACCAACAGGCACUAUACCACAACACCGCACCAACCCCAACAGGCACUGUACCUCGUGGUCAACAACUCCGUACCAACACCAACAGGCACUGCACCGUACCUCAUUGUCAACAACACCGCACCAACACCAACAGGCACUGUACCUCGUUGUAAACAACACCGUACCAACACCAACAGGCACCGUAACUUAUCGUCAACAACACCGCACCAACACCAACAGGCACUGUACCUCGUUGUAAACAACACCGUACCAACACCAACAGGCACUGUAACUUAUCGUCAGCAACACCGCACCAACACAAACAGGCACUGUACCUCAUUGUCAACAACCCCGCACCAACACCAACGGGCACUUACAACGUUGUCAACAACCCCGUACCAACACCAACAGGCACUGUACCUUGUGGUCAACAACACCGCACCAACACCAACAGGCACUGUACAACGUUAUCAACAACACCGUACCAACACCAACAAGCACUGUACCUCGUUGUCAACAACUCCGCACCAACACCAACAGGCAUUGUACGUCGUUGUCAACAACACCGCACCAACCCCAACAGGCACUGUACCUCAUUAUCAACAACCCCCUCCCAACACCAAAAGGCACUAUACCUCAUUGUCAAGAACACCGCACCAACACCAAAAGGCACUGUACCGCAUUGUCAACAACACCGCACCAACAAAACAACACACACUGUACGUCGUUGUCAACAACACCGCACCAACAAAACAACAGGCACUAUACGUCGUUGUCAACAACACCGUACCAACAAAAAAAAAGGCACUGUACCUCAUUGUCAACAACACCGUACCAACACGAACAGGCACUGUACCUCAUUGUCAACAACACCGCACCAACACCAAAAGGCACUGCACCACGUUAUCAUCAACACCGUAUCAACACCAACAAGCACUGUACCUCGUGGUCAACAACUCCGCACCAACACCAACAGGCACUGAACAUAGUUCAACAAUAGCAACAGCUAUUGUACCCCCGACCACCGCCACGGUCACCGCCACCACCACAACCACCAACAGAUACUUAGUCAGUGUACCCCCGAUCACCGCCACGGGCACCGCCACCACCACAACCACCAACAGAAACUUCGUCAAUGAACCCCCGACCACCGCCACGGUCACCGCCACCACCACAACCACCAACAGAAACUUCGUCAAUGUACCCCCGACCACCGCCACGGUCACCGCCACCACCCCAACCACCAACAGAUACUUAGUCAUUGUACCCCCGACCACCGCCACGGUCAUCGCCACCACAACAACCACCAACAGAUACUUAGUCAGUGUAUCCCAAACCACCGCAAUGGUCAGCGCAACCACCACAACCACCAACAGAUACUUAGUCAUUGUAUUCCCGACCACCGCCACGAUACAUAGUCAGUUAAUCCCCGACCACCGCCACGGUCACCGCCACCACAACAACCACCAACAGAUACUUAGUCAGCGUAUCCCAAACCACCGCAAUGGUCAGCGCAACCACCACAACCCCCAACAGAUACUUAGUCAUUGUAUUCCCGACCACCGCAACGGUCACCGCCACCACCACAACCACCAACAGGUACUUAGUCAGUGUAUCCCAGACCACCGCAAAUUCACGGUCACCGCCACCACCACAACCACCGACAGAUACAUAGUCAGUGUAUCCCAGACCACCGCCACGGUCACCGCCACCACCACAACCACCAACAGAUACUUAGUCAUUGUCCCCCCGACCACCGCCACGGUCACCGCCACCUCCACAACCACCGACAGAUACAUAGUCAGUGUAUCCCAGACCACAGCCACGGUCACCGCCACCACCACAACCACCAACAGAUACAUAGUCAGUGUAUCCCCGACCCCCGCAAUGGUCACCGCCACCACCACAACCACCAACAGAUACUUAGUCAUUGUCCCCCCGACCACCGCCACGGUCACCGCCACCUCCACAACCACCGACAGAUACAUAGUCAGUGUAUCCCAGACCACCGCAAUGGUCACCGCCACCACCACAACCACCAACAGAUACAUAGUCAGUGUAUCCCCGACCCCCGCAAUGGUCACCGCCACCACCACAACCACCAACAGAUACAUAGUCAGUGUAUCCCCGACCCCCGCAAUGGUCACCGCCACCACCACAACCACCAACAGAUACAUAGUCAGUGUAUCCCCGACCCCCGCAAUGGUCACCGCCACCACCACAACCACCAACAGAUACUUAGUCAUUGUACCCCCGACCACCGCCACGGUCCCCGCCACCACCACAACCACCGACAGAUACAUAGUCAUUGUAUCCCCGACCCCCGCAAUGGUCACCGCCCCCACCACAACCACCAACAGAUACUUAGUCAUUGUACCCCCGACCACCGCCACGGUCCCCGCCACCACAACAACCACCAACAGAUACUUAGUCAGUGUAUCCCCGACCCCCGCCACGGUCACCGCCACCACAACAACCACCAACAGAUACAUAGUCAGUGUAUCCCCGACCCCCGCAAUGGUCACCGCCACCACCACAACCACCAACAGAUACAUAGUCAGUGUAUCCCCGACCCCCGCAAUGGUCACCGCCACCACCACAACCACCAACAGAUACUUAGUCAUUGUACCCCCGACCACCGCCACGGUCCCCGCCACCACAACAACCACCAACAGAUACUUAGUCAUUGUCCCCCCGACCACCGCCACGGUCACCGCCACCUCCACAACCACCGACAGAUACAUAGUCAGUGUAUCCCAGACCCCCGCCACGGUCACCGCCACCACCACAACCACCAACAGAUACUUCGUCAUUGUACCCCCGACCACCGCCACGGUCAGCGCCACCACAACAACCACCAACAGAUACUUAGUCAUUGUAUCCCCGAACACCGCAACGAUCACGACAACCACCAACAACCAACUAACAUAA